AUGGACCUAACUUUGGUGGUGGGAGUGUGUGUACUCAUAGCCACAGUGCUGUUUUUCAUUCUCCAAAUGUCUGGUGACAAACAGGAGAAAGCAGUGGCCACUCUCCAGGAUCCUACUGUCAAAUAUCCGCUCUGCCUCAUCGACAAGCAGGAAAUCAGCCAUGAUACAAAGAAGUUUCGGUUCGGCCUUCCCUCUGAGUCGUACAUCCUUGGGCUGCCAGUUGGUCAGCAUGUUUACCUGUCAGCAAAAGUCAAUGGUUCUCUUGUGGUUCGAGCUUACACCCCAGUGUCCAGUGAUGAAGACCGGGGAUACGUGGACCUUGUUGUGAAGGUGUACUACAAGAAUGUGCAUCCGUCUUAUCCAGAGGGAGGAAAGAUGUCUCAAUAUCUGGACAACAUGGCCAUCGGAGACAGCAUUGAUUUCAGAGGCCCCAGUGGGCUUCUCAUCUACAAAGACAAUGGAAAGUUUUCUAUUCGGCCAGACAAAAAAGCAGAGCCUAAAAUGAAGAGGUUUAAGCAUGUGGCUAUGAUCGCUGGAGGAACAGGGAUCACCCCAAUGCUGCAGCUGGUUCGGAGGAUCACGACGGACCCCUCUGACCCCACCAAAUGCUCGCUCAUAUUUGCCAACCAGACAGAGAAGGAUAUCUUACUGAGAGAAGAGCUGGAGGCUGUAAAGAAAAACCAUCCUGACCAGUUCAGCCUGUGGUACACACUGGACAAACCUCCACAAGACUGGAGCUACAGUUCAGGGUUUGUGAGCGCAGACAUGAUUCGGGACCACCUGCCUGCUCCCUCCCCUGAUGUGCUGGUGGUGCUGUGUGGCCCUCCACCUAUGAUCCAGUACGCCUGUUUGCCAAACCUGGACAAGCUGGGCCACAACGCGGACAAUAUUUUUGCAUACUAA